AUGUUGGGCCUCCACAUCUUCCUCCUCUUGGGGUCCUUUGUGGGAGGGGGGGACCCAAGUCCCCUUGCAAUGUUUCUGCCCCCCACCCUCCCAGCCAUCCGGGGGGGGGGAUCCCUACUGCAGCCCUGGGUGCGUGAGUGCCGGCUGUGGGUGUGACACUCUGCACAUGUUCAGAGGGCUUCAGGAUGCACCGCGUGGCUCUAACGCUCCCUUCUCUCUCUUUCCCUCCCCCAUUGCCAAAUCUGCCGCCUGGCCCUUCUCCUCCCGCUCUGCUCAGGGGGUAAGUCUAGACCCAAGUGGGUCAGGUCGCCUUGGCGUAGCUCUGGGGGGUCCCCUCCUGCCUCAGGCUGUCUGUCCUCCUGAUGGGCACUGUCUCUGAGACCCAGUGCCCUGCCUGGCACACUGCCGCUCUUUCUGUUUGGGGUGCUCUCUGCUUGUGACCCCCCCCACCCCACAGCCUCCCACCGUCUGUGUUUGGGGGGGGGAGAUUCUCCCUGGGAACUGGGGUCUCUCCUGGGUGGGGAUUUUAAUGACUCUGCUUCUCUUCUACGGUUGCUGCUGCUGCUGCUGCUGCUGCUGCCUGACCUGACACAGUUCGUAAGUAUUUGGUCCCAACUACUAAUUUCCUCCCCUUACCCCUAAAUGCCCCCUUCUCCUCCCCAGAAUCCUUCAUCUCACUUUGCAGAGUUAAACUAUGGAACUCCCUCCCACUGGAUUAAGUGUAGGCCGCCCACCGAUAUGGCACAAAGUGACAUGCAUUCAUCAUUUUAUUUGCAUGCCACCUUUCCAUAGUUAGAACCGUGCUCAAGACGGCUUACGGGGGGUGGGGACGGGGGACAGAAAUACAAACAUGGCAGAAGUAGUCAUGAACAAAAAAUAAAAAGUGCACAACCAAAUUAAACAAUCUUCACAUAAAUCGUAACAUCUAAAAUAAAGAUACAAAACAGCAACUGUCCCCCAGGAGAAAAACCCCAAGCCCAGCCCAGCCCAGCUUUUGCAGUUGGAGUCAGUCCAGACCCCUGAAAAGGCCUGCAAGGCAGGGAGCUGCUCUUCCGGGUCUCCCAGCCAAAAUUCACAGAGGACCAGAGGGUUUUCAAUGGCUCCGAGUGAGGAGGGCUCUGCAGGAGAGGGCACUGCUUGUGGGGUCCCCUGACGGGACCCUGUGUUGCGUUCCAAAGGCAAAGGAAGAAUUGGACCCUGUUUAAUAAAAUACACACGAGGCUUGGCCAGCAAGACUCUGGGAGGAAGUGCCAAUAGCCACUCCUUCGUCCAAACCAUUUUAUUAACUCUUAAAAGAACUCUUACACAGCGUUUGUAAGAACCAAUCAGAUUUCCUCUGAGCAUUUCAAAAAAUUACCACAUGGGACAAAGUCAGAUCAGAGAAAUCCUUUUAACUACAAAGAACUAAAUUGAGCAUGCAUACAUAAAACAGGAAUCAAGGAGGAAUGCAUUUAGCAAACCCCAGAGGUCAUAAACAGGCAGUAAACAGGAAAGGAAGGACGGCAAGGGAAGAUAGUAUUUACCAUCUCCUUGUGAACUCUCUUCCUGGCCCUUAAGAUCUACCUAAAGAUUAACAAAAUCUACAUCAAAAUUACCUCCUAUCUUUAUGACCCAAGAUGCCUGGUGAAGCAACCGGUCUGUGUUUUAGAAUGCUUAUACGUGCCUGUCAGGCAGAGAGAAAAUGGGCAGCAGAGAAAAUGGGCAGAGAUGGUGAGGCUUGUGGGAUUUGAUCAGAAAUUAUUGUCAAUGACUCGAGCCCAGUCAACGCAAUGCUUUCAUCGCGGACACAAUGGCUUGCUGCAUUUUUAUAAUUCCUCAUAGCAAUCCCACGUGACCCCCACACCCCUGGUUGGCUCCUGUGAGAAGAGGGUCCCUGGGCCUGAUCCGGAGGCUUUUCUGAUGCGUGUGAAGCAAGCCUCCGCCUUUCCUGCUCCUGGGAGGUUCAGGGGUGGGCAGAAGGGGGCUCCCUCUUUCUUGCUGGGUGGGGGGAGGAAGAGAGGAAGGCUCCCCCCCCCCGGUGACCCCCCUGCGCUCUCCCCCCAGACAGCCCUCCACUGGGCAGUAAAGCACGGCAAGGAGGAGCUGGUGACCCUCCUCCUGGGGGCCGGGGCCGACGUCAACAUGCGAGCGGUGAGUCCCUUGCAGGGCUGGGAGAAGGGGGCUUGCCCCCCCCCGAAUCCUGGGGAGAGAGGAGGUGUUGGGGGUGACCCUAAAUGCCCCUUUUUUCUCCUCCCAUGCUGACCCCUCUGCAUGAAGCAUGUGAGUAGACCCUGUGAGUAGAUAAGGGCACCACCGCAGGUGGUUUUUUGGGGGGAGGGGGACGUCUUGCACCAUCCAGGGCAAGAAUUGCAGCUUCAGAGUGGAGCUGCUUCCCUUAACAUGGGGGCCCAAGUGGGAGCAGGGUGGGGGGCACCACAGUUGCACAACCCCAGCCAAAUGGGCAGGGUAUAAUAUUAUUAUUAUCAUUAUUUAUUUUAUUUAUCUAUCUAUCUAUCCAUCCUUCCUUCUCCUCCACCCCCAACCCCCCCCUCCUGCCCCUUUUCUCCUGGAACAGACACAGGGGGUGAGUAUUCAAAUGCGCUGGACCUGUGGGUGCAUCGCUUUGGGGGUGGGCAAGGCAACCGAGAGCAGAGCCUGCUGGAGGGUUGCUGGGGACCCCAGGGGUGGGAGGGUUUGGGUGGUGGGUGGGGCGCCCCCCACUCCCCAUAAAGUAGCAGAUCUCCAUGCUGUGUGCAGGCAUCUUGGUGCCAGAGGGCGAGGGGGCACUGGGCAAAGAGCGUUUUGGUGGGGGGGUGGGGGGGGUCUGGUAGUUUCAGAGUCAGAUGCUUCAGGGCCUGUUCUUCCUCCUUCCGCCCCCCAACCAGGGCUACACCCCCCUGCACAUUGCCGCCCUACAUGGCCACCGGCGGCUGAUGGAGUUGCUCAUCUGGACCCACGGUGAGGAAGACAUGCCCCCCCCAUCAUCCAUGCCCCUCGCUCCCUGCCAAAGGGGUCAGCCCUCCUUAGGGGCGGCUUCUUCCUCCCCGAUGGCACCUCAGCUCCCUGUCGCCCCACAGGUGCCAACCAGGACAUCCGGGAUUACAGCGGCCGCCUGGCCAAGCACUACCUCUGCGUGGAGACCCCGGAGGGAGCCCCCACCCCACCCCGUAAGAACAGCGCCCCCCCUCUUGCCUUUGCAUGCGCCUCCACAGGGAGGGCGGCCUGGGAGGGCAGGUUCAGGACGGGCCAAAGGAAGUCCUUCGCCGUGGAGCGCCAGGUUAGACUGCGGAACUCCCUGCCACAGGAAGCAGGGAUGGCUUUGAAAGAGGAUGGGGCCAAUUCACAGAGGAGGAGCAGGCAGUGAUGCUCCUGCUUCCCAGCUGCCGGAAACUACAGGAGGGGAGAGUGUGGCUCUUCGAAUCCUGAUUGUUGCCUUCCCGUUGGGAGCAUCUGACAGCCAGACUCUGUGAAUAUUCUUAAUAAUAAUAAUAAUAAUAAUUUUUUAUUUAUACCCCAUCCUUCCUGGUUCAAAAACCAGGCUCAGGGCGGCUAACAACAAAUUUAAAACACUUAAUUAUAAAAGCAGCAUAAAAUACAGUAUAAAAAAAUGAAUAACAAUAAAAUUCAAAAAUCAAUUAGAUAAUCCACAGGGCUAGCUGGCUGAAUUGGUCCUAUUUGGGCCAGCGAGGAGACCAGGGGAGAAUUAGCUGUGGGGUCUCAAAAAAGGGGAGGGGAAGGGAAGAGAAGGGAAAUAAAAGAUCAGGCUAAGUUCAAAUUGAAAGCCAGGUGAAAUAGCUCUGUCUUACAGGCCCUGUGGAAGGAGGUUAAAUCCUGAAGGGCCCUGGUCUCCUGGGACAGAGCAUUCCACCAGGUCGGAGCCACCACUGAGAAGGCCCUGGCCCUGAUGGAGGAUAGUCUGACUUCUUUAGGGCCCGGGACCUCUAAACUAGGAUUAUUCAUGGACCUUAAGGUCCUCCGUGGGGCAGACCAGGAGAGGCAGUCCCAUAGAUAUGUGGGGAGGGGUCGCUUUCUGCUCCCUGUUUGCAUGUGGAAAAGGGGAGAGGGGAAGGGACCCUAAAGGGGACUGGCUUGCAGCCCCCUUCCCAGAGCUUCUAGGUUGUCUGGCAGAAGGGCCUAUGGGGAGAGGGGAGGGACGUGGGGUUGGACUAGAUGACCCUUGGUGGUCCCUUCCAACCCUGCCGUCUGUGUGAGCGUGCCCCCCCUGGGGGUCUGCUGGUGUCUCCCCAGAGCUGAGCCCGAUCCGGGGGGAGCGCAGCAGGAACCGGAAGCUGGCCUGCCUCCUCCUGCCCAGGACCAUCCACCCAGCACAGCGGAGAUGGGGCUCAGCCAACGACCUGGCGGAAGAGGGGGAGGAAGAGGAGCCCCAGGAGACCCCCCAGCAGCUGGCGCCCCCAGGCAGCUACCGGGCCGUGCGCAAGUUCUCUCGCUAG